AUGGCGUGCAGAACUGUCCUUCGCUCCAUGCUCUUGGCGGAGCAGUGGCGCCCGCCUUCCUCCGGCGCGGGGCUCUCCUGCUCCACGGCCGCCGCCACCACCGCUGCCCUGCAAUUCCCUCGGAGACUGACCCAGAGGAGGAGGAGGAGUUCCCCCCGGGGAGCUUCCCUGAGGUGUUCCCUCGGGGAGACCAACCCGUCGUUUUCGUCGUCGUCUUCUUCGGGAGACCAGGAUCCUCCCCAGGAGGCCGUGCUCAAGGCCAUUUCCGGUAAGACCUUCGUUUAUCCCACUGCGGUGUGGACCUCUGUAAAUCCCCUCCCAUUUUACUCGUCCUCCCUUUAUUUGAGGGACGAUUAGAUGUGUUCGUAUUCGUGUUGCUUGUUGUCGUCAUCAUUAUCUUUCCGUCCAUUCGAUUUAAAUGUGCUAGUAUCGUGGAACAGAUUUUAAGGUUGAUCUCAUUAUAAAUGCAAUAUCGUGAUUAAUAAGAGGCAGAAUCGUUUUCAUUAAAAUUUGAAAAUUUAUCUGAUGACCUAGUUUUUAUUAUGGACCAUUUUUUGUGAUAAUUUCUAACUCAAUACUUUUUAAGCGUCCUAAAUUUAUUUAUUACUAGUUCCAAUCAUCUUUAUGAAUCCGGAUAUUUGAUCCAGAAGUAUCAAAAUGGGAGGGCAGGGUCGCUCAAACCACAAAUGUUGUAAUUGGUGGUACUGUGACCGAUGAUUCCACCAAUGAAUGGCUUGCUCUUGAUCAGAAGGUCAGUCUCCCAUUUUGCCUCCUGUUUUGCAAUGUAUGGCAUCUACGUCGUGCAUAUAUACGUGUCUGUUUUAAUUGCAUUACAAGCGUGAAUAUUGAUCUAUUUUGUUUCGUGGCUGACUCUGGGUAAAUUUUUAGAGUAUGAAGACCAUAUUAAAAUCAUCGAAUUAUUUGGAGAAUAAUGCGUUGGAAAAUCCCCCUCCUAUCCCACCACCCUUGCUAAAAUAGCUUCGCCACUGUGUCCUCUUUUCUCCAUGCCCAAAAAAUCUAAUAAUCACGUGGGGUUUCACUCCUUUGAUAACAUUCCUUAAUAAUCGAUAAUUUCUUGACAUUUCGUCCAAAUGGUGGAACAAAUUAAGACUAUGGAAAAAAGUUAAUUGGUCGAAGAGAGUGAAAGGGAUCAUAAAUAUGGGGUGGAAGGAAAUCAUUGCCAGUAAGCUAUAUUUAAUUUUUAAAUUCAUUUCACUGGCAAAGUUUUCUCCAAAGAUACUCGAUUACCCCUUAAGGAGCUGAGUAGCUUCAUAGACUUGACUCUUGUGGAUGUUGGUGCGGUUCUUCGUGUUUUGGAAAUUAAAAUAGUUCUCUAACUGUGGUAAGAACACUGAAAGUGCAUUAUUUGUCAAAAAUACCUGGUUAAGCUUACGGCCUGACUGUGUAGGUACCCGCUAAUCUAUGUAUUUUUUUUAUCCUGGUAGCUGUCUUUAACAGCAAUGGAUGGAUGAAAUAGGUAGUGUUUUAUUGAAACUUAUUUUAACCAUUUCGUCUUCAAUACUUAGAACAGUUGACUUUGAAUAGCCAUUAUUAGAUUUCCGUAUGUGAAAAGUCAAGACUAAAUUAUUUUGUUAUCUGUCCGUGGGAAGUCUGGGACAGAUGAAAAAAUAGCGCAUAAAAGCUUUCCUGGUGAUGAUAUCCAGGCUUCUUCAUUGGAUGUGAAGGGCAUCUUUCCGUUGGAUAGAGUGAGGAGAUCCUCAUUUUUUUUCUUCCAUUGAUGAAAGAAUUAACGUAGUUUAUUUCACAUAAUCUUCAAUUUACCACUUAAUUAACCACAGCAUGUCAACUCAUCCUCUGCGUGUAAUUGAGACUUCUCAUCGAGGUAUGUGUUCCCUUAUUUUGACGACUAAGCAGGUAAAUUCAUAUCCUACUGUCAGAGGGUUUACCGCAAUAGGAACUGGCGGUGAUGAUUUCGUCCAGUCCAUGGUCGUCGCCGUUGAAUCCGUCCUCCAGCGGACCAUACCAGAGGUUAGCAACCUGUUCAUUCUCAUGACUUCACGAUUUCAUCAUCAUCAUCAUCAUCAUCAUCAUCACAUGUUGGGCCAUCCAUUGCUGGAUGUUCUUAUGCUUUUCUUGCUGCUCUUUAUGGUUCUGGGCCUCUUCUUGGUCAUUUAUAUGAUCUCGACACAUUCUAUCAUCGGAUUCCAGAAACCUACGAAGGAGAAAUAAUUUCAAAGAAGACCAAGAUUUUAAAUGAUGCUCCGAGCUAUAAUUACAGAAUAUAAUUAAUCUCAGAGCUUCGGAUAAUGGAAUGGGGAUUUUUUUUAAUCUGUUUAAAUAUAUAUAUAUAUAUAUAUAUAUAUUAGUGAGAAUAGUUCUCCUUUUAGUAAUAAAAGCAUCAACUGCCCCUAGCUCUAACCCUCGUCCUCCAACAGGGCCACAUCAACAGCAAACUCUCUUCCCGCGGCAAGUACGUCUCGGUCAACAUCGGGCCCAUCCAAGUCGUCUCCAGUGAGCAGGUGGGUCCCAGUGGCAGGCCCAUCUUAAUUAAUUAUUCUUUCCUGCAGCAAUUAAUUAAUUAAUUAAUUAAUUGGAAUUGAUUUGAUUUUUAUCUGAAUUGGGAUCUGCUGUUCCGCAGGUCCAGGCCAUAUACAACGCGAUGAGGAGAGACGACCGGAUGAAAUACUUUUUGUAG